AUGACCGAGAUGAACGAAUCCAUGAAGGUGAUUCUUAGAGUGAUUCAGUAUCAAGAAUUUGCAGAUGAGAUACCCCGUUUGAAAUCAGGUGUGCAAUGCAAGAGAUUGUACAAUUUGAAUCCUGUUAUCGACGAAGAGAUGCUAAGAGUUGGCGGUCGACUUCGACAUUCCCAACUACCAUUUUCCAGCAAACACCAGUGGAUUUUACCAAAUCGCAAUAAUGUAGUUGACAGUCUAAUUAAUGCACUUCACCGUGAGAAUCUGCAUAUAGGUCCUACCGCUCUUCUAGCGACUCUUCGGCGUCAGUUUUGGGUUCCAAAUGGUCGUUCUGCUGUGCGUAAGAUCACACGUAGCUGUGUCCAGUGCUUUAAGACCAAACCGACAACGGUAGGUCAGUUCAUGGGUGACCUGCCAGCCAGUCGUUGUGAACGAGCACCAGCUUUUCAAAAGGUUGGACUCGAUUAUGCUGGCCCUAUUCUUUUGAAGCAACCUGGACGAAAGGCAGUUGCUGUUAAGGGGUACAUUUGUAUCUUUGUGUGCAUGGUGACCAAGGGUAUUCGUCUGGAGGCAGUCGAAAGCCUAUCAACCGAUUCUUUCAUCGCAGCGUUACACCGGUUCGUAUCCCGACGAGGAGUACCAGAGGACAUGUUUUCUGACAACGGGACCAACUUCGUUGGUGCAAAGAACCAACUGCAUGAAUUGUACCAAAUGUUUAAACAGCAGUUAACGGAAAGGAAGCUGUUUGAAUUUUGUCAACCUAUAAAAAUUAACUGGAAAAUGAUUCCACCAAGUGCUCCUCACAUGGGGGGAAUAUGGGAGGCAAGUGUAAAGAGUGCCAAAUCCGUACUUAAAAGAGUAUGCCAUACUACUACGCUUAACAUGGUAGAGUUCUCUACACUUCUCUGUCAAAUUGAAGCUGUUCUAAACUCUCCGCCUCUUUAUGCUCAUUCCGAUGAUCCAGCUGAUCUUGAACCGCUUACUCCUGGACAUUUUAUGAUCGACCGUCCAUUAACGUCCAUACCGGAGCCAACAUAUGAAGAGAUUCCAGUGAAUAGACUUUCUCGUUGGCAAUAUGUCCAGCAACUUCGACAAAACUUUUGGAAACGAUGGUCCCGAGAGUACCUUAUGGAAUUGCAGACCAGAACCAAAUGGACAAAGAGGACAUGCAAUAUUGCACCAGGCAUGGUGGUAAUAAUUGAAGAAGACAAUUUACCACCACAAUCUUGGAAAGUUGGAAGAGUUGAGCAAACUUUUCCUGCUGAAGACGGUCUGGUACGAGUAGUGGAUUUGCGUACAAAAACAGGAAUCCUACGACGUCCAAUUCACAAACUAGCUUUGCUCCCGAUUCUUGACAACGCUGAAUCUUCAAGUUCUUCAGGCAGGUUUUUCAAAUCAUCUGGGGGGAGGAUGUUCGAGCUGACAUCUCGAAUGAACUGUGUAAUAAAAAUUGAUGCACCCCUUGCGUGUCUACCGUAA